UUUUUUUUUCUAUAUAUACUCUCACUUUGUUCAGAGUCUUAUAUAAACUGUGUGUUCAUCAUGCAAGACGUCCGCCGUUACUCGCCGUUAUCUGACGGCGGCGGAGUAACGCUAGAACUCACCACAACCACCAUUUCGCCACUAGCAAUCGACGUGACGGAAUCAACGGAGAUGAGAAUCCGGCGACUGAUCUCCGAGAAUCCCGUCGUGAUUUUCACCCGAUCUGCCUGCUGCAUGUGCCACGUCAUGAAACGGCUGUUAUUAUCCGCCGUUAGCGUUCACCCAACCGUUAUUCAAUUGGAAGAGGAAGAGAUCGCAGCCCUCCCUGGCGUUUCCGUCGACAGCGCCGCCGCGGAGGAAGGCGGUGAGACGCCGGCGUUGUACAUCGGAGGGACACGUGUCGGUGGAUUAGAGAGCCUCGUGGCACUGCACCUUAGUGGUCGACUUGUUCCUAAGCUUGUGGAAGUUGGUGCUAUUACUGAAAUGGUAUUGUAAAGAAUUUUAAUUAUGUUUCUAUAUUUGUAAUAAUGUGUUUUAAACAAAAAUUAAAAAAAAAGUAAAAAUAAUAAUGUUAGUAUUAGUAUUAAUUAAGUUUUAAGGUUUUGUUUAGUCUUCAUAAUUGUGCUUUUACAGGCUGUAAUCUCUGUAUUUUAUUCCAAAUGGCCAAAAGUUGAAUUGAAAAGAAAAAAAGGUGUGCUCCUCCUUUUUCUUUUUUUUUAACAACUUUGUUGGGAAUUUGGAGUUUACUGUU